AUACCACAAGCGGAUGUUGUUGACUCACGGGACAGCAGCUUCCCGUACACAAACACAUUUUCAUUUGGACGGAUUUGUUUUAUCACAAUGGCGAAUAUUAUAACGUUCCAAACGCAAAUCGCGUCAGUUAUUGAAGUACUUGCAAACGCCGCUGUGGCAGAAAUCUGCAAACUUGUUGAAGACAGCUAUGCAGAUUUACAGCUUGAAAUAUCUCAAACGCAAAAGGAAAAUAGCCUGCUUAAAAAGAGAUUAAAAAUGAUAGAAAUCAGGGAUUCGUUUUAUCGAAGGGCAAAUAAACUGAGGAACGAGUCGACUGCCUUCAACAAAACCAGUGUUCGCGAAAAACAGUCAGGUAACGGAGGACGAAUCAGCGUAAAGGUGUCUUCUGUAUGUUCUGGUGUUCAUGAUGAAGAAGGAUCUGCUCGCUCUUCAAACGUCUCUGUUAACCAACAGCAACAAAGGAUAGACCAGCAUGCUUUUCAUCAGUCUGUAGAGGAUGAAGAGCCAGAUGUUCUUAUUAUUAAAGAAGAGAGGCCUGAAAAUACGAGGUGUGAACAGUCUGAAAGAGAAAAACAGACCGCAGAGAAUCAUAAAGAUGAAGCCCUGAACAGAAGUGCAGGGGUUUGUGUAGCAGGUCACAGAGAGAACUUCAUUGACCAAAACACAGUCCGGCGCUGCCAUCAAGAGCCUGUAGCAGAUGAUGAGUCAGAUGUUAUCAUUAUUAAAGAGGAGAGACCCGACAGCAUGAGAUGUGAACGCUUAGAAUUAAAUGCUACAGAUACUAAUGGCACGCAAUACGGGAGUGCAGGAGUGUUUGUUCCAGUCCACAGAGAAAGCUUCAUAGACCAGGACACAGUCCAGCACUGCCAUCAAGAGUCUGACGCAAUGCAGCCUGAUCUUCUUCAGGAUGAAAAUACAGAAGUCAAUGCUAUAGGGGAGGACACACAUUUACUCAAUGGUGACACCGGAACGGAGAGACGUUGUGAUGGAGAGGUGGAUUCUAACCUCCAGCCUGUCUCUUCCUAUGCCUCAUGGGUCUCCAGAAGAUUUGACACCACUGCAAACCAUCCAUCCUUCACUGAAUCUGAAUGCAAUGGGGGACCGUCUGUGGAUCAGUACUUGAUGUACAGAGGGAGCACAGAUCCCAUGUGUUCCUAUGCAACUCCGAUUAACUCCAAUAGCUUGUCUGUGUCUAACAUUGAAGGCCAUUUAACACACAACAGUGAAGGUAAUAUUUCUCAAUCUGAACAGCCUCCAUUCACACCAUGCUUUUCUUUCAAACAGUCUGAUACUUCUCACAUGCAGAGGAAAGAUAGGUUUAUGUGUAAACAUUGUGGGAAAGUGUUCUCUCAACCCGGCACUCUUCUUUUACAUCAAAAACUUCAUACCAGAGAAAGGCUUCACAACUGUACGCUCUGCGGAAAAAGAUUCAGUCAGGCGUCUAGCCUCAAAAGACACCACAGCAUUCAUAGAGGAGAAAAACCAUUCAGAUGCCAGCACUGUGGGAAACACUUCUCAGACCAAAGUAACCUCAAAAAACAUGUGACUGUUCACACAGGCGAAAAGCCUUAUGGUUGUAGCCUUUGCGGGAAAAUGUUCAACCAGUCUUCAAACCUCAAAACGCAUAUGAAGAUCCACACGCGUGAGAAACCUUUCGGUUGCGAUCGAUGCGGACGGAUGUUUGCACACAAGUACAUUUUGGUUAAACACCAACAGAGAAUCUGCAUGUCUACUGGUCAAGUGUAGAUGGCAUAAGGUAGAAAGAAGUCACAAUCAAUCAAUUCAAAUUGACUAAACUAUGUUAAAAAUGGACUCUAUAUACUUUCUGUCCAUGGUUAUUGGUUUUACAGUAUUAAGUUCUACUGGUGCUCAUUAUUCCAGAUAAGAUAAAAGACUCAAAAGGAUCAAAGAAUUAAAAGGAACAAUGUGCAGCUGCAUUUUUGAAAUUCGACAACAAUCAAUUUCAAAUUCACUACCAACGAUUCAAACAAUUGCAAGUGGAUAAAUUCAAGACCCUACUUCUUUCAUGGAAAGUUCUUUCACGUUCAUAACUUUUCUUUGCUUUUUAUCAAGUGCUGUAAUGUACAGUACAUAUUGUAAUAUUGUCUUUACACUAAUUGGAGUAAAUGUGACAGAGUAUUGUAUACAUUUUAACUUAAAA